AUUACACACCGAAGCAGAAGGAGCGGAGGGAAAAUGAGCUAGUGGGGUCUGAGGAGGAAUUUACUGCGAAGCGAAAAGACAAACUGAUAGAAAUAUUGUACUUACAAAACCAGUCAACAUAGAUUACUGUUGAUCAGCGGACUGAUACUUUAUGACAUCUGACACAGGCGUCAUAAACAAACGUGAAAAGAAAACAAGUGGAGAACAAACACUGGCAUCUGUGUGCGUGUAGUUAGAUCAUGGUUAAGGAAACCACUUGGUGGUUUUUGGAUCCGAAGGACAACCUUUUACACAUCAAUGUGGGUGGGUUGAGGCACACUCUAUGUUCAAGCAUUGUGAAGAAGUUUCCGGAUACACGUCUGGGCCAGCUCUUGUCCUGUGACACAGAAGAUGACAUUCUACAGCUCUGUGAUGAUUUUGAUGUUCAACGGAAAGAGUUUUACUUUGACCGUAACCCUGGCCUUUUCCCUUAUGUUCUGCACUUCUACCAGACUGGCAAGCUGCACAUUAUGGAAGAGCUGUGUAUUUUCUCCUUCUCUCAGGAAAUAGAGUACUGGGGCAUCAGUGAUUUUUUUCUGGACAGCUGCUGUAGUUACCGCUACCUUGAUCGUAAACUGGAGAGACACCAUAAAUCCUGGGAUGAAGAGAGUGAUGUUAGCAGUGUGGAUACGUCGGUUGAUGAAAUUUCUGAUCUGAACAAAGAUAUUGAGCACUUCCACGAAAUGCGUUUUGGAAACAUUCGAAAAUGUCUGUGGCUAACAUUGGAAAACCCAGGUUAUUCAAUACCUAGCAAACUUUUCAGCUUGCUUUCCAUUUGUGUGGUGUUAAUUUCAAUUGCCACUAUGUGUAUCAAUAGCAUUCCAGAGUACCAAAUUUUUGAUGAAAAUGGUAAUCCAACUGAAGACCCAACUAUGCAUGUUUUAGAAGUGUUCUGCAUCUGCUGGUUUACCUUUGAGGUAGUAACACGUAUGCUUCUUGCACCAAACCAUCGUAAGUUCUUCCUGCUACCACUAAACCUGAUUGAUAUCAUCUCAGUGAUGCCGAUUUACAUCACUAUCUUUUUUGAUAUGCUCAUUGGGAGUGAAUCAGAGCUGGACAACUUGGGAAAACUGGUCCAGGUGUUGCGGCUGAUGAGAAUCUUCAGGGUGCUGAAGCUGGCUAGGCAUUCAACAGGGUUAAGGUCACUAGGUGCUACACUACGGCACAGCUACAGAGAGGUUGGAAUCUUAUUACUGUACCUGGCUGUCGGUGUAUCGGUGUUCUCCGGAAUGGCUUACACUGCAGAAUACGAAGAAGAUGUUGGUUUGGACACAAUCCCAGCAUGCUGGUGGUGGGGCACUGUUAGUAUGACAACAGUAGGAUAUGGGGAUGUAGUGCCGGUAACAGUGGCAGGAAAACUAGCAGCAUCUGGCUGCAUCUUAAGUGGUACAUUAGUUGUAGCACUACCCAUCACAAUAAUUUUCAACAAGUUUUCACAUUUUUAUCGCAAACAAAAAGCUCUUGAGGCUUCAGUGCGAAACAACAACAACAACAAGAGGCUUAUAAUAAGACAACAGAGUACCAGUGAAGACAGCGAAAUACAUGGUCAUAACCACUGUUUGGAGGAUGAAGAGAAGGAUGAAGAUGUGAAUUAUGAGAGAGGAGUUGUCAACUUUUGCUUUGAAGAACAUCCACUGACUAUUAGAUUCUGAUUGGUCCACUAUGCAAGUGAAAGUCAAACAUUAAAUCCUGCCUGAAAAUAGCGUAGGGGGACAAGUAAAAAAAAUCCAGUGGUUCUGCUAUGCUGUGGGGGGUAUUUUGCUGCCAUGAUUAUGGGCCACUUGCUCCCUUUGAGGGAGGAGUGUUAUUUAACCAGAAGGCUUUUUAAAUUAGUUCUUCUGAAUCUUUAAGACAAGAGCUAUUCUCAGCAUGAAACAAUAUUAUCUGAUUUAAUUUGAAUUCAAUACAGUAAACAACAACUGUCAGUGUUUUUUUAUGUACGCAAUAAUUCUGAAGUCAAGUCACAUUUAAAUUAUAUUUAUAUAAUGUUUUAUUCAAUACAUAUAUUUUCAAAGCAGCUCUACAGAUGUUAGAUAGCAAUAGUGCCAUUAUACAGCUCAAAUUAGUGUAAUGUUGAUUCAGUUCAGUUCAGUGUCAGUUAUUAAACAAUUAAAAAAAGCUAUACAAAUAAAAAUAUUUUCAUUAUUCAGCACAAAUUUUUUCAGGUUUUGCUCUCGUUGAAUAGCCUUAGUGAAAACAAAUCAAUUUCCGAAACAAUAUACAAUAACAUUAAUAAUAGUAAGUGUCUUUAAAUCCCAACUGAGCAACCAAAACUACAUCACAGUAGUGAAGAAAAAACCUGGGAGAAAACAAGCUCAGUCAUGGGGUCGGUUUUCUUCUGACCUUAAAUGAACAUAACUUUGGUUCCCUGAGAAUGGAAAGAGAAGUUGUGUACAGCUUUUCAUUGGGUGCCAUUUUCCUUAGAAUCUUUUGAUUGAAUACAAUAAGUCCUGAGCAAAGUUCACAUGGCACAAACGCAAAGUCUCGUUUUCUUCUCAGGGAACCAAGGUUCAGGGACCCGGGGACAUUCCUUUCAGAGUGUCUCUCGACGCUGCGUACAGCUUUGCUGAUGAAUUAGAGAACAUGUACAGUCAUGCCAUCUACUGGGAAGAUAUCGAUGAAUAUAGAGAAUAUACUGAGAAUAUAGAGAUGAAAAUAUGGGUGGCGCCGUCAUACCUUGACAUAAGUGGACCAAGAGCGAGGGGGCGGAGCUCCUCUUUGCUGUUGUACAAUAGGUAAUAAUAGUGGUAAUAAUAGCUCUUACCUCGCUUAACUGAAAGGACCCGAGAAGUCAGUGAGGAAACAUCAAAUUAUAAAAUCUGCUGCCGAACAGAUUUCCUCUAUAGAAAUACCUCUUGCCCAUGCCCAGGAGAAAGCAAUGCUUCUUGUGGCGUGGGCAUGCACCCUGAUGCAUGAUAAGCCAGGGCUAUUGCAUCCACAACCCAAUGGGAUAGACUUUGUAUCGAUACCUAGUCAGCCCUUAGUAUGACUGCUGAAACACACAAAAAGCUGUUAUGAGAGUCUGAAAUUCUUUGUGCAUUCAAAAGAGACGCGCACAGUGCAUACAGGACAAAGUGGCCUUUGUGAAAGCUUGUUAUCACUUGGUUUUUUUAAGCCCUUAAGGCACGUAGCCUUUUCUUGGCUUAAGAUUGACUUUACUGUUAUUAACACCAAAAACUCAAACAAGAUUCAUUGACUGAGAGAGCGUGUAAAUCCCUGAUUCGCUUGACAGAGGCAAAUGCCAGAAGAAGCGUUGUCUUGAGACAGAAAACCUUGAGCAAGGAUGACUGCAGCUCUUCGAAAGGGGGCAUGUCAGGGAAUCAAGGACCAAAGACAAGUCCAAGGGGGGAUUGUGUUUGCUCGGGGAGGGUUGAGCCGUUUCACACCAUGUUAGAAAUGUAACCACUAAAUUGCUCUUGUCAACUGGCUUCUUGUCAACACCAUUAUUAAAGGCUGAGAUGACAGCUACUUUGAGCAUAAAGGGUGUGCGACCUGUGUCCAGUGCUCUUGUAAGAAUGACGGAAUGAAUUAGAUCGAGCAGGUUACGCUUCAGAAAGGGUUCUCACUUUUUGCUGUGUUAAUGAUACUGAAGUGGGCGGGCUCUGUUGAAGUUAUGCAGGUACCACAGCUCUGGAUUGCGGUGACAGAUUGCGGUACCAUGCUGUUCGCUUGAGAUAGGAGGUCCUUCUUCAGUGCAAUAGGCCAGGGACAUAUCUUUCCAGCAUGAUUGAGGCAGAUCGACUGCGCCAUUAUCUUAAUGGCUCACAGGGCAAAAUCAGUGGCACCGAGCGGCCCCUUAAAGCUUUCUUGUCCAAGCUUAUAAGCAUAUUUGCCUGAGUGGAGGGCAGAAGCAGCCUGGUCCACUGCUUCAGGGAUCUCUAGAGGUCCUGAAGCACACUGGAGCAGGAGCAUGAUGAACACAUUUCGCAACUUCGCCGAAAUGCUAAAGAGGACUCAAUAUAUCCACUUUUUUUCAACGGCGAAGGAGAGGCUUUUACAUAAUUGAGGUGAAGGAGUAAUAUUUUGAGGAAAAUGGCAGUAAGCACUGUGUUAUAAGGGGAGCCACGCCCCUCCAAUUUUCACAUGAUUGAGCACCAUUGGCCAUUGCAAUAAUGUUAAGCUAAUCAGGCUUCAGUAUUUUAAGGAAAAAGGUGUUUCCCAAAUGUGCCAACAAAGCUGUAUGCAACGUCUAGAGACACUUUGAAAGGGGCAGACUUUGUGGACACAUAAAUUUAAAAAUAAAUUUAAAAAGGUAUCGCCCCAGUGACAGGUUUUGUACCUUUACUUCUGAGAGUGUAUUAUGGGUAUUAUAAUCACCAACAAAUAAGGCUUUAUCUGCAACUGGUACUAACUCAGGUAGAAAAUCAGCAAAGCAGUUACAAGCAGUACAUGUAACAAAAGAAGAGGCCAUCACAGUAUUUGUAUGCUUAUUCACAUUUAAAGCAGUUGUUUGAAAGACUUCUAAAACAUUAAAUGAAAGAGAGAAAAGAGACUGUAAAGACAACUCACAAGCUAUGUAACGCUAUCAAUAUGUGCAAGCAAUAGAUAUUCAUAUUAAAAAAGCAAUAUCAGAUAAUAUAUGAUAAUAUUUAAAUAUUUAGUGAUUUAAACAGAAAGGAUUGAUAAUAAGAUGUUCAAGAAGUAGCUUGGCAGAGCAAUUAAAAAAUGCUCAGCAGCAAGGCAGAACUUGGAAACAGUUUGUUGUGGGAAGACAAUAAUUACACUUGGCACAGCCGUCAAAAUACAGUAAGCAAAAUAGUACAAAAUGAAGGUUGCCUUCCAAAGAAUUCUUCAAACUGACAUCACUUUUAAUUGAAAUUUAUGCCUUGGUUAUGUAUGCAACAUUACUAGCAUGAAACCUUUCGAUUAAGAAACACCCAAAGUUGUUCUUUUGUAAACACCUGUUUCCUAUGACGAAACAUUUCUAUGCAUAGAGCAUGAUGGAUCACUGGAUGGGUUGAUGGGUAAAAUGAUAUCAUUGACAUGACGUUUGUAGUCACCAGAUCUCUUCCUUAGGUUUUGUCAUUUUAGACAGUGCAAACCCAUGACCUCUGCAAUACUAGCAUUUCUUGGGAAUGAAAGCCAUGACCUCAGCAUUGUGGGUGUGUUAGUGGUUUGAACACUUACUGUGCAUGAUGUCCCAAACCACGAGAAAACCUUUGCUUCAGCUGUUCCUGCUCUUUCUCCAAAUAGAGGUUUACUAUAAAAAUAGCAGUCCUGUAUUGUAUAGUCUUAAGACAACAUGGCAUAGAAGAUACCUGUAAACUGUGAUUUACUAUAAACUGUUGAUAAACUGUUUUUCUGCUGACAUUUGAGGCCAUUGUCUGUUUACCAUGAAGAAAUGUGGAUUCAUAACAAAUUAGAGUCAUUUAUUUCAUUGUCUAAGGUGGAGAAAUCUUUUUAGCCUCAGGGGUGUCCAGUCCUUCUCCUGGAGCUUGUGUCCUGCAGAGUGUAGCUCCAACCAGUUCCAAAACACUCACCUGGAAGAUUCUAGCAGAGAUUGCCUUACUAUUAACUAAUAUAAAUUUAAUUUCACUACACUUAGUACACUUCCAUAAUCUACCUAAAGUACUCUAAUUUUGUACGUAAUAUACCAAAAAUGUUUCUUUAGUAAGUCUUAAGAUAAGCUCCACUGUGCUCUGCACUCACAGUUGAAACCAUCUUUCAUACGUUUAAGUAUACUUAUUAUACAUAGAAAAUACAAUUAUUUAAAGUAUUAGAGUAAUAUAUAAUUAAUAUAUCCAAAAAUGUAUUUAUAAUCUAUUGCCCAACAUUUUUUUUAUAGUUUAAAUAAUUCAUUUCAAAUGUAAUUAUGUUUAACUUUCUCUUUAUGUGAUAUAGCCUACUGCACUCAAGUAUAUUAGUAGUAGUCGUAAGUAGCACUUUUGGUUUCCCUUUAUUUUGAUGUUUCCUUUAACACAUUCCGUUAACUUAUUAGCAACAUUGCACCCACAUAUUUAAUAACUCUCAUUAGUGUUAGUAGAGUAUUAGUAGACUGGUAUAGGGUUAGAAUAAGUUGACAUGAACUUGCAAAGUUACUUAUAGUCAGUGGAAUGUUUGUUGAGAGAUAAUCCAAAAAACCCAAAAACAUUAACAGAUAGUAAUCAGUAAUAUGAAAGGGGUGGUUUUGGUGCUUCUGCUGAUAUCAUGAUUAGCAUUUAAAGUAAAUGAUAUGCAUCAAACAGACCAUGUUUGCAGUUUUCACACUACUGCAGUAGAAUGUACUUUGUGUAAAAUGUUCUGUACAUUCUGUACAUACAAGUCACAUUUGCUGGAAGUUAAGUUAUGGAAGUUAUGACAUAAAUGAGAUCUACCUGUCACAAAAUUCCCUAAGCUGAAAAACUUUAUUAGUGCAAAAUUAAAUUGUGUUUAGUGUAAAAAAAUACUGAAGAUUAAUAUUGUCGAUUCAUUAAAUGAGAAGCUAUUUUUGUACUAAAGCUAUUGAUUAAGCAUAGUGAAGCCUCUUGACAUAAAUAACAAAAAUGGCCCUUUUGACUUCUUUCCUGUCUUAAGCUUCUUUGGCUAAAGGUUGCAGGAUUGCCUUUCACACCACUUUUCCAUGGGUGCCUGUGCCAGAGUCAGAGCCCAAUUUUUAACCGGCUGCAUAUUUCUAGUCAAAAAACCCUGGGCCAGUGCCCAGAUCCUAAUUCUGACCUAGCCGCAAAUGAUAUCAGUAGGUGCAGUUUAAACCACAGAUUGCAGUAUGAAAGGUGCCAUUUUUAAAAUUGUCAGAGUUUGGGUAAAUUAACAACAACAAUUGAAUAUGUUAGUUCAGCACUGGUCAGUGGAAGAGAUCGACAUUGAAAAGAAAUUCCAAUCACAUGUUGCUGCUCACCCAAGCCAGUUUUGAAUGAGUGUCACUGUUGCACUGGAUCCAGCUUCUGCACCAGUGGGCAAACAGUGGCUUUGUUUCUAGUAAUCCUGAUGACUUUGAUUAGCUGGUUUAGGUGUGAACUCUACAUAAUAGUCAAUCUCCAAUUUGAUACCUUUGUCCUGGAUGGCCACUAGGUUCAAACACACCCAACUAGAAGUUUCUAGAGAUCUUCAAGACUAG